AUCUCCCUGACUAAGUGCAAAAUAUUUUCACACAAUAUAAUAACAAAGCCUUACAAUUGUGUUGCUUUAGUUCAAAGAAAAUGUUUGUAGUACGAGCACAUUCCUCGGACAAUAUAGAUAAACGUCAGGGACGUCCAUUUGUGGAAAUAGCCGCAAAUGGGAUUAAUAUACCUUUGGUGGGUGAACAAUGGUUGGAACAUUGGUGCUCCUUGCCCAUAACAGAAGAUUUCUUCAAAAGACUUUAUGAAUUUCAAGUAAGAGAUGAUGAUGUCUAUGUGGUGACAUUUCCCAAAUGUGGCACUACCUGGAUACAAGAAACCACAUGGCUGUUGGUCAACAAUUUGGAUUUUGUUAAAGCUAAUGCAGAGGAUUUGAUUACUCGCAGUGUUUUUAUAGACUUAAUUGCUUUGUAUACUGAAAUGCCUAUUGACAGCAUUGAAUCGGCGGAUAAAGCUAGUUCACCCAGAGUUUUGAAAUCUCAUUUGCCCGCUCAUUUGAUACCCAAACAAAUAUGGGAAAAGAAAUCGAAGAUCAUUUACUGUGCUCGCAAUCCCAAAGAUAUGGUCGUUUCAUAUUUCCACUUUCAUCGUGGACUGGGUACUUGGCAGGGCGAUAUUAACGAAUUUGUGGAAGAUAUCAGCAAUAACGAUAUCAUGUAUUCUCCCUACUGGGAGCACUUUAUGGACUUUUGGCGUAUGCGUGAGGAAGAAAAUGUUUUUUUUACCACCUACGAGGACAUGAAGAGAGAUUUGAGAGCUGUUUUAAUAAAACUAAAUAAAUUUUUGAAGAAACCCGAUUUAAGUGAGGAGCAACUGCAGCAGUUGGAAAAGCAUUUAUCAUUUGACAGUAUGAAGGCCAAUAAACGUGUCAAUCUAACUUAUAGCAUAAAAGCCGGCCAUGGAAGUCCAUAUGUGCGAGAAGAUUUUCAAUUUAUGCGCCGCGGUAUUGUAGGCUCUCACAAGGAUGAAUUAUCUCCCCAAAUUCAUAAGAAAUUGGAUGCUUGGAUAGCAGAGCAUUUGAAAAAAUAUAAUGUUAAAUUAGAGGAUAUUUUUGGAAGUAUUUAAAAUACAAAAAUUAAAGUUUCAAACACCGUACUUGCGUGUGAUAUUUAUCUCUUAUAAUUUCAGAGUUAUAGGCAUUUUAAAAUUUUGCCAUACUUUGGUCCGCUUUUUUCAAAAUAAGGGGCGUACUUUUGGACCGAUUGAACUCGAAUUUAAGUUAGAGAACAUAAUUACCAUUAAUAAACAAUAUAUUUCCUAGCAAUACUAAUUAUGGAUCCAAAAUAUACGAUUUUCAAUAUAAAAAUUCGAAAAAUAUUAAAAA